GUCGAUACGAAAAUACUGAGUUCCACGUUCGAGCAACUGACACUGACCUGAAAGUGUCGGAACAAUGGAAAAGAUUAUAUGUAAUGUCCACGGCAGCGUGUGUAUGUUAAAGACGGGCGUAAAAGAUGGACCAAAUAAAGGCAAAAGCUUCUACGUCUGCGUUGACAAGCAAGGCUGUGAUUUCAGUCAAGUGGCCAGCAUUUCACCAUCCCACUGCCUCCAUCAUGAAGAUUCAAUAGUGGAACUCCAAGCUCUCACCUUCAUUCAACAACAGCAGAGCCACAAGUUGUUCUACCGAUGUGUUGUGGGUAAAAAAGCAGGCCAGAGGUGGUGUGGAAACGUGCCUUGGACUGCACCAGAGAAAGAAAAGAGAAACCCUCUAUCUGACACACAGCUACAGCCCUCCUGCCUGCCGCCUGUCCGAAACCCCUUUAAGGUUCCUGGCAAGGCGGAUAAGGACUCUGAGUGGAGAAGGACGCAGUGUGGUGAAGGUGAAGAGAAAGGUGGUGAGGCAAGUGAAGGUUAUCAGAAAGAAAACGUGGAGAGCGCAGGAGCAGGAGUGGAAGAAGAGGAGGAAGGAAAGCUGAGUUUGUCGGAUACUUACCGAGGUAAACAACUUCCAGCUGGGAUGAAGGUAAAGAAGAGAGUUUCACAUGAGGAGAGAAACUUGGAGAAAACAUCAGAUAAGGUGCAAGACAAGACUAAAGAGAACCACAAUGAGCCAGGAGUAGCAGAUAAAAUGAUUUCUACCUCCAGUGUCAAGGCUGUUCGUCCUGAGAAAAUAAAUCCAACUUCACAGGAUCCUCACAAGGACUCGCCCCAGAAACCAAACGAUGGAGAAACCUGUCUGGUGGAACAAAGUGACUCUACUGUAAAACAGAGUGUCUCUAAAUCUGCAUCCGCUAGUAGCACUCAGGCUUCCAGAGACUCUGAUAACACCAGGAACCUCGCAUCUAAGAAACCAACACAACCCACAGAGUCCGGUCAAACCAAAAACCACCAAGACGAUGAUGACGAUUUAGUGUUGGUGUCUGUGAAACCUGCUACUCAGAAAACCCCUCCUGCUACUGCUGUCCAAAAGACCCUGACCACCUUCCCCGGGUUCCAGCCAGCUUCUAAGGUCAAAGGUCAGCAGGAAGAUCCCCAAGGGAUGCGCAGCCUGCUCACUGCUCAACUCCAACAGAAGAAGGCCACUUUGUCUGUGGUGAAUGUGGCAGCUCUGCCAGAUAAAGGUGAGAGGCUGAGGACUCAGGUCAAGGAGCUGGAGGACGCACUGGAGUCUCUUAGCCUCACCGCUGCAUCUCAGCCAGAGUCCCAGGCUGGAUGUAGCAGCGAUGAUGCCAGUCCGGGUAGUAGUCAGGCUAAAAACCCAUUCAGCCGACAGGGCGGCACCAUCCUGCUCCCCAUCCUCCCAGCCCCGGGGCCCUCCCAACACCAGGCCUCCAGCAGCUCUCUGGGGCUCCAGCUGAGCCAGGGGUACACCCAGACGUAUGGAGCGAACCAGCAGGCCCAGGCCUUUUAUGGUGGCAGGAUGACCGAGGACCGUCUGCUGGCAGUGAAAAACGCCACCUGCGAGGCCAUAGACCAUCUCCACAAAUCUGUAGAGUCCUGCCCCGAUCCUGAGGCCGAGGUUUCAGACCCCAAAGGCAUCAAGGUGUCGCUACUGGCCCAUCAGAGGAGAGCUUUGGCCUGGCUGCUGUGGAGAGAAACUCAGAAACCCUGUGGAGGAAUUCUGGCGGAUGACAUGGGUCUGGGAAAAACCCUGACCAUGAUCGCUCUCAUACUGGCCAAAAAGAUCAAGGCAAAAGAGGAAGAUGAAAAGAAGGAAGAGAAGAAGGCGGAGAGCUGGAUCUCCAAAAGUGACUCCCUCCUCGUGGUCUCUAAAGGCACUCUGAUCAUCUGUCCUGCUUCCCUGGUCCACCACUGGAAGAGAGAGAUUGACAGACAUGUGAAGACAUCCAAGUUGACUGUGUACCUGUACCACGGCCCCAACCGUGAAAAAAGUGCUAAAGUACUGGCAGAUUAUGAUGUGGUGGUGACAACAUACAGUUUGGUCUCUAAAGAGAUCCCAGUCCAGAAGGAGGAGGCUGAGAAACCCAGCAAAGAUACUGACGAUGUGCCACCGCGCUCAGGUCCUCUUCGGCGAGUGGCCUGGGCCCGGGUGAUUCUGGAUGAAGCCCACAACAUCAAAAACCCAAAAGUACAGACUUCCAUGGCUGUGUGUCAGCUGAGGGCUCAAGCCCGCUGGGCUGUCACUGGCACACCCAUCCAGAACAACUUGCUGGACAUGUACUCGCUGCUCAAGUUUCUGCGUUGUUCUCCGUUUGAUGAGUACAAACUCUGGAAAGCUCAGGUGGAUAACGGCUCUAAAAGAGGCAGAGAGAGGCUCAACAUCCUGACGAGGAAUCUUCUGCUCAGACGAACCAAAGACCAGCAGGACUCCACAGGAAAACCACUGGUGUCCCUUCCUAAUCGGACCUGCGAGGUGCAUCGACUCAAACUAUCCAAGGAUGAACAGGCUGUGUAUGAUGUGGUCUUUGCCCAAUCCAGAUCUACUCUGCAGAACUAUCUGAAGAGACAUGAAGGAAAUGAUGUGAACAAGCGAAACACUCCCAGUUCCAAUCCCUUUGACAAAGUGGCCCAAGAGUUCGGUAUGUCCCAGGCUGACCCUACUGUGUCGAGUUCCCAGCAGCCCCAACAGGCGUCCAGCACCGUCCACAUCCUGUCUCUGCUGCUGCGCCUCCGACAGUGCUGCUGUCACAUCUCACUUCUUAAGAAGACUCUUGACUCAUCAGAGCUGGAGGGUGAUGGGAUCGUCUUGUCUCUGGAGGAGCAGCUCAAUGCUCUGUCGCUCUCCUCCAGCCCCUCGCCCUCGGGCCCUGACCCCAAAGACACUGUGGCCCUUAAUGGCACCCGCUUCCCCUCAAAGCUGUUUGAGGAUACCAGUGAGAGCACCAAGAUUUCUGCUAUUGUCUCUGAGCUGAAGGCAAUCAGGCAAAAGAGUGAUGAUCAGAAAAGCGUGAUCGUGUCCCAGUGGACCAGCAUGCUGCACAUUGUAGCAGUUCAUCUGCGGCAGAUGGGCCUGAGCUACGGCGUUAUUGACGGGACGGUCAACCCCAAACGCCGCAUGGACCUGGUGGAAGAAUUCAACAUUAACCCUAAAGGACCACAGGUGAUGCUGGUUUCUCUUUGUGCUGGAGGAGUUGGACUUAAUCUCAUUGGUGGAAAUCACCUCUUCCUCAUGGACAUGCACUGGAACCCAGCCUUGGAGGAUCAAGCAUGUGACAGAAUCUACAGAGUUGGACAAACUAAAGAUGUCACCAUCCACAGGUUUGAGUGUGAAGGCACAGUGGAGGAGAAGAUUUCCACACUGCAGGCGAAGAAGAAGGAGCUGGCCCAGAAUGUGCUGUCAGGAACGGGAAGCACCUUCUCCAAACUCUCUCUGGCUGAUCUCAGAAUCAUUUUUGGUGUCUGAGAUGGAAGAGAACUGAGGACGCUGUGCCACGCUGUCAAACCCACAGCUACAACACUAGACAGCUAUUCAUACACUUAUUCAAAACUCAGUCUGGAAAAUCAUGAAAUAACCUAAUAAGACUAAGGUAAUAAAUAACCUGAAGAUACUAGAGAGCUCAUUUUCGUCGAUGUAAUGACUUCUUUUUGGGCCUGUCAUCUCUUAGCUUAUCCCAGUACAGCGUCUGCAUCCUAACUGCUUUACAAAAUGUUAUUGGACUUAAUGUGCCUUAACAUUAUAUUUCAAGUUUUCAAGGCUGCUAUUAGCUCUAUUUACUCAGAUACAUGCUGCUUUAAACUGAUUUAUUUUAACAGUAUUUCAAUUAUAGAUAACUUUACAGAUGCUGCUUUUGCCCUGAUUUGUUGCUCCAGUGCAAAAUUGGUUACCAUCAGUAAGUGAUGACCAUCAGUUUCUCAUUUUAUUUGGUUUUAAAAGAGAUUUUCUCUCAUAAACUAAUCUAAUCUAAUCUAUCACUGUCAUAGUUAUUUUAAUUUUAUGUAGUUAACUCAUUGGAGUGAAGCAAAUAUUUCCCUAUAUUUGUUUCCAUUAAUGAAGUUUAUUUCCCUUUUUAAAGUGGUUUUCAAAUGCCUUUUUUAAUUAUUGGUUAUUGUUGUGUGUGUGUGUGAUAUGUUUAAAUAAAUGUGUAAUGGAAGUUAA